AUGGAGAGUCGCACAAACGGAGCUGACAUAUCAACACACGAUAAAGAAAUCCUCAAACAAAUAUUUAGUACCGGUUUACCAUGCGCUGAUGACAUUGACAGCGAGGAAGUUGAAGAUGCACCUGUUGAAGAUAAUGAGCAGAUACGGGCUGCCAAGGAGCUAGAGGUUCAGGGUGUCAAGGCUGCAGAGGCUGGAAAUAUUGAUGCUGCCAUCGACCUUUUUCAGCAGGCAGUAAGCACGGCCCCAGAAUGGCCGUCAGCAUAUAACAACCGAGCCCAAGCUCUGAGGCUGAAAGGUGACAUAGAAGGUGCAAAGGCAGACUUAGAUAAAGCACUGGAGUUGAGCCAAGGGUCAGGAAAUGUUGCAUGUCAAGCAUUUACUCAGAGAGGUCUUAUUCUCAAGCGAGAAGGAAAUGAUGAAGGUGCCAAGCAAGAUUUUGAAAAAGCUGCCAACUUGGGUAGUGCAUUUGCCAAACAACUGCUGGCUGCAAUGAAUCCUUAUGCUGCACUCUGUAAUCAGAUGCUCUGUGAUGUCAUGCACAAAUUGAGGUCAGGACAGGAAGAAGCAGAAGUAUGA